UUUGUCAAAGUAUGGCGACUGUGCGUUUCACCCUCCCUAUUCUACUAACUCUCCUCCAUCAUUCAGAGCCCAGUGCUGAGACAUCUAUGCUUGUGCAGAAGGGACAGGAUGUUCACCUGAAUGUCCAGACAAAUGUUCAACUGCAAGAUGUUGAUGUGCUAUUUUGGAAGUUUAACAGUUCAGUCAAUGUUGUAAAGUACCCCCCAACAGUUACCUUUGAAAGGUACCAAGGUAGGGCUGAAUUGAUUGUGGGAGACUUCUCUCUGCUACUGAAGAACCUCCAGGAAGGAGACAGUGGACUUUAUGAAGCAGUAGUGUCUGGUAACAAAGACAGAAACAUUGCUAAAUACUUGAUAAAAGUCCAAGCAGAGGAACUAUCGUGGGAGGAAGCGGACAUCAAAGUCUGGAUACCUGUCAGUGUCCUCAUCAUAGUUGGAUUAUUCGUCCUGAUUAGCAUUGUUCUUUGGCGAAAGAGAAAUGAAGGUGACAAAGAGGAAAGUAUAAACACAGAGUAUGCUACAGUCAGGAUUCCAGGUAACAGUCAAAUAGGUGGUGAAUUGCAGGAAUCUCCAGGUCCAGCAUCACCCACCAUCUACAGUAUGGUGGGACGACACCAACCCCAGCCUGUUAACCAUCAGCCUUUGCCUGUGGACCUCCCCAUGGCCACCAUGACCUCCAUGCCUGAGAGUUUAUAUGCUGUGGUGGGGGAAAAGACUAGCCAACAAUAAUAAUGAAUUUUGACAUUAUUCUAGGCUGGGAUUAACUCUGAUUUUAUUAGAUCGCCCUUUGUUGGCUAAGCAUUUUUUAAAGCUAAUGUUCCUGCAUUCGCUGAGACAGCUUGCACAAUAAAUGCGGCAUAUGCUAGCUAAAUCGGAAAUGAUCUGUAAAUGGUGCCUAGAUGCAGUGGUGACCCGUCAUUCAGGGCAGGUGUUUUGAGCCCAACAUUUUUAGCAAUGGGCUUGCCUGUUUUGUAUGUUAUUUUGGCAUUAAUACGUGUCACAUAUCAGUUUGCAAACAAUGUAAAAAAAAAAAAUAUAUAUAUAUAUAUAAUUGAGUUAAUAAAGCCGCUUACAACCAUG